AUGUUGCUUGAGUGCUACAAUCGAGAUAUUUCGUAUGGAAUACUUGUGAAUGUCCAGGCCGGAUUCGAAGAUGUGCUGAUGGGUUUGGAACACAAGAUGACACUGGCGAAGAAGACUUUGAUUGAGUAUGACACCGACGAAGAAGACGUUGACGAAUCCAAGGAGUUUGGUUCGAAAUCGGAAGCGAAGAUGAAUGUGCAACGUCCUCGUCCAAUCUUGAUGUUUGUCGAAGAACGGGGCAACCCUCCCGCCAACCCUAUCGACUUCCACUUCCCUGCUGGUGGCACAUACUUCGAGAUCACCGACCCUCGAGACAACGUCUGCUAUCGAUUUGCUCACACUCAGCCAGUGAAUAAUCGCACGUAUGAAUCGUUUCCGCGAGACUUCGGUACAACUACAAGGGGUGCAAGAUUCAAAUAUCUCUUGCAUAAUGUGAUGAUGCAGAGUCCACCAAACCCGAUCAACACCCACCGUCAUUUUGAGCAGCAUCAGAGGGGACAGUUGCCUCUCACCGUGUUUGUGGAUCUCGCCGGGGUCGAUGUAGCAACUAUACGCCAAUUUAACCAGCGAAGCAAC